AUGAGUUACAAGAGUGUCGGUGUGCACAGAUGCAGUUUGAGGAAGAAUUCUGACAGUGGUUUGUCAAAGCUUUCGCCAAGAUCGAACGCUUUAUCGAAACUGUGGAGACAUCUUCGAAAGUAUUUCUUACCUAGCUACGCUCAUUACGAAACGAAAUACCAUUUCAAGAGCAACGUUUCGCUGAAGAUGGAGAAGAUCCGCAUGGCAAAGAACUUCCCUUCGUACGUGAUCCAUCCUUUCAGCAUCCUGAACAUCUGCCGCGAAACGAUGAUGCUUCUCGUGUGGUUCGAUCGGUACUUCAUCAACAUCUACAUGAUGUGCUUCCUCUUCACCAACAACAAGGAGAUGGGCCUCUUCAUCUCGAUCAUUUCCAUCGCGUGCGAUCUCGGCUACUUCGUGCACAUCUGCAUGAUGUUCAUAACCGGUUUCACGCUCGACAAGCACAUCUACUUGGAGCCACGUAACAUCGCCGGCAAAUACAUCUUCAGCUACUUCAUAAUCGACUUCAUAGACUUCUUUCCGACGAAGAGCAUAUGCAAGUUGAUCAACCCGAACAUGAUGGAGCUGCAGGACGCGAAACUCGCUCUAAUACAUUUCGUCAGUUUGCUGAGAUUGAAAACGUUCUGCCAAUACUUCAGGCACACUUUGUAUCUGCUGAAGGUGCCGAAGAAGAUGCAUCGACUGCUCAUAUUCGUGGAGUUGAUCUUCAUGAUGGUGCAUUGGUUCGCCUGUUUGAUUUACGGCGUACCGAAAUUCCUCUACUCCCAAUACGACACCGACAAGAUCCCGCACUCGUACAUGGCCAAAGUCCAAUUUAUGAAACGCAACACGCUCGAGAAGUACAUCUUCUGCAUCCACAAAGUCAUGUGCCAUUUCUAUAAAAGCGGUAGAGGGAUUUACGGGACAAUACUCAUAGAAGAGGCUAUUAUCUACACGUUCGUUCUGGUCAUAGCAAACGCUUUUCACAUCUACAUAACAAUCUACAUUCUGGAAUGGUUCAAGAUGAUGUGCAACCCCGAGAACAAGUUCGCUAUUAAAUUGGCGCAGCUGAACGAUUAUUUGACUAUGAAGAACUGCAACGUUCAUCUGAAGUAUCGAAUAAUGUUGCAUUAUCAUCACAAGUUUCAGAGCAAGUAUUUCCAAGAGGAGAAGAUCUUGAACGGACUCUCCGAGCAUCUACAGCACGAACUGUUCUUACACAACUGCGUGCACAUCAUCUCGCACGUGAACAUGUUCAAAGGUCUGCCGAAACACAUCGUCGGUCACGUCAUCGCCGUUCUUCAACCGGAGAUCUACCUUCCCAACGACAUGAUCUACAAGAACGGCGACGUCGCCGACUGCAUGUACUUCAUCUCGUACGGUCUAACAGCAUCCUACACCGCAGCUGGUAACGAGAUCAUGCACUCCGAAGACGGCGAUCUCAUCGGUUGCAUCGGCUUCAAUAUGGGUGUGCACAAUCAAACGGCCGUCGCCAUAGACCUGACCGAGACCUUCAAAUGGCACAAGAAGGACAUCCUCGCCUCCACGUCCCUCUACCCUGAACUGAUGUCUCGCAUCCUGAAGAUCGCCGAAGAGGUCCAGCAGAAAUCCGACAACGUCGACUACAAUCCGGAUCGCGACGAGAACUACCUGAAACUCGUCGGCAAACGGAGAGUCGUCGAAGAUCUGAUCAAAAGACCCACUUAA